AUGAAUUUCGGCUUCAAUUUCGACAGCGACUACCAUCAUUCCACGUCGAAAAAUUUCGUCAUUCAAGCACGAGACGCCGAUUCACCACACGAUCCAGACGAUUUCACACGGGACGAACUACUGAAGCUCUUAUCGUAUCUCGAAGGCGAGCUACAAGCACGUGACGAGGUUCUGACACGUUUACGAAAUGAACGUACAAAAUUUCUCUUAUACGACGCUAAGUAUGGUAAACUCUGCGGGAAUGAUCCCAUGUGUGCAUUACGUCGUGAUUCCACUAUCACUGAAGAAGAGCUGGAUGAGUAUGAAAUUGGGCAACUCUAUGGAUCGCAGCUGGUUCAGUUGGAGAAGCUGAUAGCCGUGCAACGGCGAAGUCACCUUCGGGCGAAAAGUUUGCUUGCCGCUGCAGAGAAACGACACCUAAAAGCAUUGAAGGAGCUAGAGCUCGAGAAGGAGCGCAAAAGCCGAUAUGCAGCCCAAGGAGAUGACGUGCUCGCUUUGCUUGAGAAAGAACGUGAGAAACUCACCCAGCAGCUGGAAAUCCAAAUUAACGACGUAGCAGAAAGUAAAGCUGAAACGGAAAGAGUAGAACGAAAACUGGAGAUGGAAAGGGAACGACACAAGGCCAUGGUGCUAUUCCUUAUCAAUGAGCGGAAGCAGAUGCUGGUGAAGAUGCAUGAGCUACGGGUUAAAUCUGAGUCGUAUAUUGCAAUGACGUCUGGCGAACAGGCAUUAUUGGAAGAGCUUAAGAAAGAAAUAGCUUUCCUGCGUGAAGAACGUGAUUCCCUCAAAAAUAUGAACAAAUCUCUCAAGGCUGAAAAUCUCAGCCUGAAGGAAGUUGUGAAAGGUCAGGAGGCUGAUUUGUUGAUGUUACGAAAAAACUUGAUGUCAUCAACCAAGCUGGGGUUUGAUAAUCAAGGAACGAUUCCACGUUUGGGUGAAGAACGUUCACUGGUUGUUGCAAAUAGAAUGGCCACUUCAACAGUAUCACCGGUGAGUUCGUCGAGUGCUCCCAUGAUGUCUUCGGGCACGUUGUCUCCUCGGACGAGAUUAGCUACGUCAAGCAGUUUUCCCACUGAGAAGAGUCGCCUUCCUCGUGCUCCAUCGUCACCUGCUAGAGGUCUUUCUUCUCCUAGGUUACCAUGUUCACCUAUAAAGAAAACACCUGCAAUGGGAGUGGGCACAGCACGUAGAGCUCCUCCACCACGAUACGCUGAGCCCGAGUUACAAGAAUUAGAAGCAGCAAUCGAAUCGAUGGCAAUCGGUCCAGCGUCAUCAACCAAGCGUAGUAAUAGCUUAACACGUGGAGGCAGUUGCGAAGCUAGGAAAACCGAUCCACCCCUAGUUUAUCGAACGGAGCCAUCUUCUCGGGUGCCACCGCAGCCACAAAUGGGUGCCGUUGGUCGUUUAGAUUGCCAAGCAGCUGCAGAAUCCAGAACCCACUCCACUUUGAACUUGAUCAGCUCUUUGGGUAGUGGUUACAUGACAGGAAAACUGAUAUAA